CAGGUGGGAGUGGCGACGCAAUGUGCUCCACUACUGAAAAGAGAGAGGGAACUGAAUAAGUGUGCGACAGCAACCUUUUUACCGGUUUAUUUAUUAGUCUCUCCAGCUGUCACUAAUAGUGUGCUUACCACAUAUAUUGCAACCACCACACACCGGUAUACUUUCUGUCUACUGGAAUAACUACAGCGUCUAUCCAAAUGUCCAACUUCAACUGGAAACCUUUCGUUUUCGGCGGUCUGGCAUCCGUCACUGCAGAAUGCGGUACAUUUCCUAUAGAUUUGACCAAGACGCGGCUGCAAGUUCAAGGCCAAGUGGGCGACAGCAAGUACAGAGAGAUUCGAUACCGGGGAAUGUUGCACGCCAUCGGCAGAAUAUGCAGAGAGGAGGGAAUAAGUGCACUUUAUUCAGGUCUCGCCCCUGCAAUGUUGCGCCAGGCAUCCUAUGGGACCAUAAAGAUUGGCACAUACCAGAGCUUCAAAAGACUACUGGUGGACAGGCCAGAAGAUGAGACAUUGUUGACCAACGUCCUGUGUGGUGUUCUGUCUGGAGUCAUCUCCUCGUCCAUCGCCAACCCAACGGAUGUACUGAAGAUCCGUAUGCAGGCUCAGGGAAGUGUGAUCCAGGGAAGCAUGAUGGGAAACUUCAUCAACAUCUACCAACAGGAAGGAACCAGGGGGCUGUGGAAGGGUGUGUCUCUGACAGCGCAGAGAGCAGCCAUCGUAGUGGGGGUGGAGCUUCCUGCCUAUGACCUCGCAAAGAAACACCUGAUUCUGGAUUGUCACAUGGGUGACAACAUUUACACACACUUCUUGUCCAGUUUUGCGUGUGGUCUGGCGGGGGCUCUGGCCUCUAACCCCAUAGACGUGGUCCGCACACGCAUGAUGAACCAGACAUACGGAGCUGUCACCUACCAGGGAACACUGGACUGCUUACUUCAGACGUCGCGGUCUGAGGGCUUCAUGGCACUCUACAAAGGCUUUUUCCCCAACUGGCUCCGUCUCGGUCCAUGGAACAUCAUCUUCUUUGUUACCUACGAACAGCUGAAGAAGAUGGAGGUCUGAUGGAGAGAAUGAAAUGUAGCGCUGAAGAGGAAAGAACUCGGCCAGAGAGGGGAAAGAAUUGACCAAAAGAGGGGUGAACGUAUCCUGUCUAGCCUCCCACUUCUUGUCUGUGUGGUGUUGACCACGCCCCCUCAGACACAUUUCUCCUUUCUGAUUGGCUGCUUACGUAAUGGAGCUCUGGUUGGUUGGGAAAGAGGACGUGAAAGUUGCGGUCAAUUGCACCAUCAGAAAGCAAGGUGACGCGAAGACCAUAAUUUUGAAACUGGCCCUAAAUUAUGUAUUUAUUAUCAUGUUUUGAAUCUGUCGAGCCUCAACCACUGGUAUCAUAUAAACACACAAGACAUGGACAAAUGUGGGUUGUGAGUUGGGGGUUUGUUACUACGAUGAUAUAUUUCUAUUUAUCCGGACCUUUGCAACCGAGGAAAUUUAUAUGACCGGACCUUCUAAAAUAGUACUUGAGUACCCCUGAUGUACAGGAUCUCAAAUAAUAUUAAAAGCAGUCACUACUUACCUCAGAUUGUAUGGAUUUCAGAUGCCUUGGUGUGCGUUCUCUGGUUGCAAGAGGAACUGCCAAAAGAAGCUGUGGAAAAGACUGCUAACUUUGCCAUUUACUCAAGGACUGGCCACUUUCUGAAACCCUCGAUGUCUGUGCAGCCACUGGAAAGCUUAUAUUUGUUAUUAUAGAACUGGGUUGGUAGGACUUUUAAUGGGGCUAGUUGUAUAACCAGAUUAAGAUCAGAGGUCAGGUGACCACUAACACUCCCACACACACAAUGGCACAUAGGUUAUUAAUGCCAGGUUGAAUUGGCUCAGUGUAUUGACUCACUCAGUCAUGUGGGCACCCUUAGAACAAACUUUCAUCAUUUCAGGGUGACCUGGCACAGUGUAUGAAUGACCUACACACAGUUAAUGGGGACGGUGUGUACGGACUAUUCUGGGUUCAUAGUAUUAAUACACUCUGGACAGCAUGAUUGGCACGCCGCCCCUUACGUCAUUUCAGGACCCCUAUCUCUGACACACACGCGGAGCCCCAGUUCUUACUCUGCCACAGCAGCAGAGACUCCAUAGUCUAUCCCUGUUCAGGUCGAGGUGUCCAAUCCAAUCUAUUUAACCUUUCAUUUACAGGAUAUCUCUUAAACUUCCAGAGAGACCUGCCUGUGGUCUGACCUGGCCUAUGCAGUAACAGGGAAGUGAAUGUCAAGAGGUGGCUGUUGUAUAUUUAGCCAUUGCACCUGACUACCAAUGGCAUUUUCUGUGUGCUGGUGUUGUUGAUUUGCCAUUUUUAUGAUCCCAAGACACAGAACAAAUGUACAUGUCAACUAACUGUUAAUCCUCUAUUACCCUUCAUUUCUUCUACUUUGUUCUUCACCAUUAUCAGUUAGAUCGUUUGAAGGUGAGCUUGCUAGUUUUUUCUUUUUUCUUGAGUUAAGGUUGAACCUCGGAGUGUGUUCAUGUGACAAUAUGGUUAUUGUAUAUGGUUUGUUUAUAGCCCCCAAAGUCUUAAUGCCAAUGUGUCACUGUCAUAGCCCCUUAAAUACUUCUCUUAUCCUGAUUUAAAGCAAGACAUACAUAAACUUC